GCGGACCUCAGUUGUGCGCUAAACUUUGCAAACGUCGGGCCAUUCUCUCUAUUCUUCUCGUCUCUCCGCCGAUCUCUUGAUAUAUCCCAGAAAGAUGAUAGAGUCCAAGUACAUUGUCCUGCUAAUAUCACUAACCGUCAUCGGAGGGAGCCAGGCAGCAUCGCUGCCCUAUCGCUCUCCGUCUUAUUUGUAUAAUCCACAAUUCUGUAUGGAUACCCUAACUGGCCACAGCUUGUAUGUGGGUGAGGUGUUCACACGACCGGGCCAGUGCGUCAGGGUCCAGUGUCUGGGAACACUGCAGCUCUGGGAGGACAGCUGCCAAGUGCCAAAUCUCAAGAAAGGCGACUGCAAGCCAGUUCCGCCCAAGGAAACGGGUCUGGACUAUCCGCGCUGCUGUCCCCUGUACGAGUGCAAGAGCUACGAGACGCAUGCCGGAGGAACGUUGGAGCAGACCAACACCUACAACCAAUACGGCUCCCUGCUGAAUACCCAUCUCACCGAGGUGAUUAUGAUUAGCCAACGGCCGCUUCAGGCGGAGACUCCCACGGCGCCCGUGCGCAAAUAUCAGGUGUGAAAGGACAGGUGGCAGAGAGCUUCUUAGGAUUAGUUUAGUUUGUAGCUGCAGAUGUGUAAUUAUUAUGGGAAUAAAAGGUAGCUUGAAAAAAAA